AUGGCGACCGAGGAAGACUACGAGCUAUUUCUAAAGCUCAAUAAUGAGCCGCUAGUGCCAAAAGAGGAGUUGCCGGAUGAGCCGGAAGAGUACCAACAAGCAACACGAUCUGGGUCGUCAGAAGCUGGUGUUGGACCAGAAGAACCCAGGGAGAAGAAGCAGGAGGAGGAGGAAGAGGAGGAGGAGAUGCAUCUACCAACGGGAUUAGCGGAUAUGGGGGCGGAGCUUGCUAAAGCUGAAGUCAAGGCUGAAAAAGAGGCCGAACGAUGGCACGGCAUUCUGCAGAAUGGGCCGCCGGCGAAACGGCGAAAAGGCGGAGCAACUUCGAAGAGGAGCACGACGAGGAGAAGUGAAGAAUUUGAGAGAAGAGAAGAAGAGACACCCAAAGCCCCUCUGACCACAUUCGGCCACUCAUCUCGCCCGCGUCGCUCCGUAAACUACGCGAGCAUCGAGCGAGGCGACGAAGCUCAAGCUCAAUCGCUAGUCACAGACUUCCACCCUGGCAAAAAGCGGGUCAAACGGACCAGAGAUGAGUUGGACGAGAAUUAUGUGGAAGGAGAGGACCCAGACGCCAGCACUUCGAACUCAAGACGAAAGAAACGACAAGUGGGACCAACGACAUCAGCAGGGGCCUCAUAUGGAACACCCAGACAGGCGUGGCCAGGAACCCUAUCUACGACAAGGGUGGUUGUGGAAAAAAGCGCUGUUGAGGAGUACAUGGAGCUGGUGCCCAAACCAACGGACGACCGAGUUGCUGAGCACUUGAGAGCCAUCGGAAUGAAAUGGGAGACGUCGCCGCCGGUGUUGAGGGCUUCUGGAGGAUUCAGAAACCGAAUCGUGGAGAAACGAUGUCAUUCGAUUGUCACUGCCGAACCCCUCCUCACCACUCUUCGUCACGUCUACAACUCGAUGCCGUGGGAAUACAAAAGAGAUUGGGAAUACGCCGCGAGGAUGGACGUUUUUGAGUCGCGCGCUUUUGUGACGGACGUGCCUAUGCCGUUGUCCGAGAUUCUGGUGACGGAUCCAACGAAGGACCCCCCACCUCUCCCCAUCCAAGGUGAAGUCCGAGCCAACUGCUGUUCUCUCCAACCCGUCCUCAGCGAUAUGGUCCACUCCAUAGCCCACUUCCUAGAACACCAUGACAUUGUGCACGUCUUCGGAUGCGACUUCUGUCUGAAAGGCUUCCCGACAAAGUAUGAUUUGACGAAACACGAGUGCAAAGACUUUGCCACGCAUAUGUACGGAUUGAUUUGCAAACAGGAGACCCUAACACUGGAGGCCGCCUAUUUCUACCUGUGCUGCUCCCAAUGUGGCCUUUGGUUGACUGUAAAACCCGCGGAAACUGGAGGAUCCAAGGGGUGGAGCUACUUUGCGACUGCAAUCAAAAAUCACUCGUGCAGACCCCUUGUUCCUGUGGUCGUCUUUUUCCGAAAAUCGCUGGAAAGUGAGCGGAAGGGAAUGAGACUGUCUUUUACUAUGGUGACUUCGCUGGAUAUUGGAUUCCCUCUGAGUUGUCAGGAGUGUGAGACGGAGGAGUUUAAGAGUGUCGCAGAAGCUGAGCAACACUUUAAGGAGAAGCACGAGAAGACGUGGGAUUGUACGACGUGUUCGAUGACGUUUGGAACCGAGUUUAUGUAUAGACACCACAAACUCCAGCACAUCUCCCAAACGGCUCUCUUCUCCAACUACCUCUACAACACGGCGACAUUCCACCCGCCAGCAGAUUCUGGACGCGCCCCUCAUGUCGGAUUCAAGUCUGAAAUUCCAGCCAUCGGAGGAUUCGUCGGCGCUGAAAUUGAGGGUUUAGAAGUCGUUGGACAGAAGGAUAUGGAAUAUGUGACCCCUCAUGAGAACACAAUCCGCAGGAAGAUGCUCAGAUGGAAGAGGACGAAGAGCAGCAAGAAGGAGAAUCGGGAAAAUGGCGAAUCGUCGAGUGAGGAGGAGUUUCAGAAGGCGUUGAAAGAGCAGGAUGAGGAGAUGACGUCGUCGUCAGGAGGCACCUCGGAUUCAGAAGACUCAGAGGAGAAGGAUCCAGAGCCAACGAAGAAGAAGAAGAUGAAACCCAAAAAUAUCAAAAUUCGGGGAGAUCUGGGCUACGAACAUAUUGAUAAAAAUGAGAUUUUUGAAAAAUCCGAAUCCGAAAAAGAAGCCAGAAGACUUCUAGAUCGCCUUCUAGGAGUCAACGUCUUCAAGACCCAUGAACGUCUUCUAGCUCCAGAUGAAGCUUUGGAGAUACUGAAAGAUGCCAAGCCGGUGGAGCUACCCACUCAAAAGUGCUCAUUGGCGGAUGAUAUUGCUAUUUGUACGAGCAAGACGGUGAUGUUGCCACUAUCGAAUUGUAUUGAUCCGCUGAAGGAUAUGCUGCUGGUUAAUAAGAUCUACAUCUACUGUCCGAAAUGCGAAGCACUCAUCGGCACCGACAUCAAAUCGCACUGCACCACUUGCCAAGUCCCCGAAGAAGACGUCAUCGAGGUGUUCCACGCCGCCGCUGGCCCACACGCCGGCAUCCGAUGCAUCUACCCCGAGUGUCCGAUUCAUGUGUGCUCCAUCAUUGCUCUACGAACUCAUCUGAACACUCAUCACGACAAGAAAGUCAAUCUUCCACUGGCUCCGAAACAUAAAGAGGGAUCGUUCGAAGCCGAUCGCUACGAUCGAUCGUUGAUGACAAUGGCGAAGAGUUUUGAGGCGAUGCAAAAGGAUACGAGGAGUUUUCUGGCGAGAAUGACGGAUAUUGAUUGUCAGCUACCGUUUUCGGGAUUGCUAGAGUCUAGGAUGCAGCCAGUUGUAGUACAACCAUCACCAACAGCAGGCCUACCAGGACGCCCCCUGUACCAGAAGCCUCCACACCACAGAGCCAACCAUGCCAACUAUCCAGCACGCCCUGUAAUCCCCACAGCACUGAUCAGGAACCCUAUGCUCAAUCAAGCCAGGGUAAAGCCCUACAAGAUCCCAAGAACAUCCAGAUGGUACAUUUGUUUCUGGUGUGAAGCGUCCAUGGACACGUUGGAAGGCUUUACGGAUCAUCUGAACACCCUUCACGUUCAUACCUGUGGAGAAUGCGGGAAAUCGUUCUCAAAGCAGAAUUUCCGACGCCUUCACAUGUGUAGCCAUCAAUUCACGGCACCCCGCCCACCAGGAACGGCUUUCAACGGAUUCUGUCCGAUUUGUAUGGAGCUACACAGUGCUGAUGCGAUUUAUGGGCAUAUUCUGAGGCAUCACUUUCAGCACGUGGAGUAUAUUCAAAGUACAGGAGAAAUGCUGCCCAAUAUCAAGGAUUUGGGGUAUCGGCCGGUGCUUCUGGAUAGUCAUAUUGGACGAAGAGUGGCCCAGAAUCAAUUCAGAGGUUCCCCAAAUCCCACAAAUCCCACAUCAAUGCAUCAAAUCCUCCAUGGAGAGCUCAGGAUGAAGCAAAUCAUCAUUGGAACGCCGACCCAUGGAGUGGACCUUCCACAGAUCUAUACCAAGGACAUUCCCCUCAAUUCUGUGCCCUUCUUCCCGCCGGAAAUACGAAAUGUGGACACGCGACUCAUGUGCUACCUUUGUGAGCUCACCUUUGGCAACGUCGACGAGCUUGUGGAGCAUUUGGAGGAGCAUCCGGAGAAAUGGGCGCGUUGUCCGUUUUGUGAGCAAGAGGUCGAUGGACAUUUCGAUUUGCAGAAGCAUUUGCUGACACGACAUGUGAAGAAGAUCUCGAUGACGAAUUGCUGCCAAUUCUGUCACGAAUACCACCGCUUCAUGUGCUCCCACAUGCUGUUCCGCUGCAAAGGCAUCAUCAAAUGCACAAUAUGCGGUCAACGCUCCUCGGACUCCUCCUCCAACCGUGUACACAUGCAACGAACCCACUCCCUAUCCCUCCGACGUUUCCAAUGUGCCUAUUGUCCAAAAGUGUUCAUCAGUCUUCAAGAGUACUAUGAGCACAAGUGUGGCGUCAUUUCUCGAGUCUUCUGGUGUACGUGCAUCAGGAAGUACUUUAGAAGCGCCAUCGAGUUUUGCGAUCAUUUCGAUUCGGUGCACAUUCUGAAGAAUCGAUGUAAAUUGUGCCGAUGGGAGGCGAAAACGCAGGAAGAGAUGAUUUCUCAUCGUGUCAGCCAUAUGAAGGUUGGUACUGUAAGAGAGCCACCGAAGAAGCUGUUCAUUCUCGUCAAGAAUAUAGGACCUAAAGCGGAUAGUGGAUAUAUGAGGCACUUCAAUGGGAAUGCCCCCGCACCGACGUCGUAUCAGAAGGUGGAUCGAAGUCGGGAAUUCUAUUUGAUGGGUGCUCCAGAAGCCGCGGAGCCACUGUUUGCUGAUGCAUCGGCGCCAAGGACUCUUUUUGAUGCUUUGGAAGGACCAAAUGCGGCGUCGAGAUCUGUCGGAUUGCCAUUAUCCAGCGCUUCACCGCAGCCAACUCCGAGGACGAUUGCGGAAGCGCUUGCUGGGACGAUUGCUCAGCAGAGUGCUCAGCGCAACGAUUGUGUUAUACUCAGUGAUGACGACGAAGAGAUGCCAGAAAUUGUGGAUGUACCACCAACAGGAGCAGCAGCCUCACAAGUCAAUCGGGAAGUCCGUGUCGAGCGUGCCCACGACGGAUACCAACAAGCCAGUCAACACCCAGGCUACGUGGCAGAAGACGACGCUGACGUUGAAGGAGAUGCCGUGGAGGAGGCGGAGCCAAUUGUGAAACAAGUCGAGGAUCCGAACGGAGACGACGAGUUGGCAGUGGUUGCAGAAGUGGAGAAUUCCACCGGCACCAUUCCAUCGAGUAUUCAAGCUGGACGUGAGAAGAAAUUCAAAUGCCCCAAGUGCUCGCUACACUUUUUCACCAAAAACGCUAUGGAAAAGCAUCAAGAGAGCGAUCACAAGCUGGACGCCGGCGCUACAGUAUGCUCGGAGACAUUCGGUGUCCCAAUCAAUUUGGUAAAAGGAUGGUUGUGUCGAAAUUGCUGUGUGCUCUUCGAGGAUCCGAGCAAACACCGUCGCCAUAUGUCAAUUCAUGGUGAUACGUGCCUCACAUGCCCUCACUGUAGCUGUAUCGCUUUCAAUCGCGCUUCGCUGGACAAUCACAUGAGAGGGCAUGCCGAGAAGAAGGUGAUGUUCGCGUGUGGAACGUGCCAGGUCAAAUACCCGACGGACCUGCUUUUAAUGGAUCAUUUGGUCUCGAUGCAUAAACAGAAGCUGCUCUAUUUCUGUAAAGUUUGUGCUUUUGGGUCGCUGGAUGCCAAUGCUGUCGUUGAUCAUAUCAAGGAGCAUGUUACGCAUAAUUAUACGACUAUCCAACGCUUCGGCGCCAUUCCCGUCCAGCUGCUCAACUUCGACCCAACCGACUUGCCGAACUUCAAAGAAGCCGUCCUCAAGAAUCUGAUACCACUGCACACGCCAUCCGACUGCACGCAUCGAUCGAUGUUGACUCAAGCGGACACGCUGGUCUCGUGCACAACGUGUCAUUGUUCACAACCCUGGUACAACUACAUGGCCAACAACAACUACAGCGAAGAAACGGGCUUCCCAACGUUCGCCAUCGAGGCCCUUCCCACUGAUCUACGUGGCAAAUUUCCGCUCUGCAAACAACUCAACGACUCGAGUCUCAAAGAAAUUCUCCACUCAUCGAGAAGUGCCGGAAUGCCAGUGCUCCAACCGAAUUAUCCAGUUCAACAGCGAUACCAAAUGGCACGUCAUCAGCAGCAGCAGCAGAUUCCACCACCACCACCACACAUGAGACAUCCAAUGGGAGUAAUGCCGCAUCGAAUGGCGCCACAGGCACAUACAGCACCAGCAUAUGCGGCUCGUCAAUCAGCGACUCAACAGCGGCUAGCAGUACAGGCCAGAAUCCACGGACCACCACCGCCGAUUAGCCAGGCUCACCAGCUGGUGACAAGGAACCACGUGGCAGUCAGCACCACCUGUCAAGUCGCCGGGUGUGAAAAGGUGCUCUAUUCGCAAUUCGAUCGGGACCUACACUCGAUGCACAAAUCAACGGAUAAGUGGUUCUGUAGACAGUGUGGAAAGUCGGCGAUGACGGAGAGGGAGUUGUUCGCGCACUAUAUCAAGGAUCAUUUGACACCGACGCAUGCCAAGUCGAAAGACAGUGGCUUCAAAUCGUGCACCAUCCGUCUCCAAUGCCCAUUCCCAACGUGCCUAGAGCGUUCGGGCAUGUUCCAAGCGCCAAAAGCCUUUGAAAAGCACAUGCGAAUCGCCCACGCAAAGGAUUUGGCCUACGAAGCGACGCACUGUGAUGCUCGUUUCGUCACCCAGGAGCUCUGCGACGCCCAUGAUCAGAAGCACGUGGAGAACGAUGGAUUCGUCGACGCGCAAUGCUGUACGAUCUGCGGAUCGUUGGAUAUGUGGUCGAUGGGACGGGACCUGAAAACGGACUGCCCUCAGUCGCACAUAAUACGACACGGACUACAGUAUCGAUCGUCGUGUCGAGAGUGCUUGAAGCAGUUUCAGUUUGAUGUUAAUCAACGCCUCGUCGCCGAACACAUUCGCCGCGAGCACGGACGUAUCGAGAACGACGGAGCCGUGUCGAUUUGCAAUCUGUGCGGAGAGAUGUCCGACAAUUGGGAGACGUUCGUUGAGCACUGUCGUCAGCGACAUAUUUUCAACAUUCUCGUCAAAUCGUCUCUUGCAACACGCGGCGAGUUCGUCGUCACCGCCGGCGAAGAAUACGAGAACUUCACGGGACUCCAGUGCACAAAAAUGGAGCAACAACGGCAGCGUGCCGCUCGUCAGACCCAUGGGAAGUCAGAAGCGCCGUCAACGUCUUCUGCAGCAGCUAGUGUAACGGCAACCACAGAGAAUGGUGGUAAUACUGCUCUAUUGACAAUCGCCGCGGCUAUUGGAGAGCCGGAAGCUGCUCCACCAGCGUCUCGUCCACCUCCAGAAGUCUACACUAUCGACUCGGAUUAA